CCGACCAAUCAGAUUUCACACAGAUGUGGCCCAAGGAGAGCUGCGCCGCUGCGCAUGCGCAUCUCACUCUCCCCGCUGACCAGCCGGGAAGUGAGUGGGAAUUUUGUCUAUUUCAAUCUCCGUCACACUUCUUCGAUUCAAGAUGAUGCAUUUCCUGUUACUGUUCAGUCGUCAGGGAAAGUUACGUCUGCAGAAAUGGUUCCUGCCCCUUCCCGAGAGAGAGAGGAAGAAGAUCGUGAAGGACAUGACCACUAUGGUGUUGGCACGGAAACCACGCACGUGUAACUUCUUGCACUGGAGGGACCUAAAGAUUGUCUAUAAGAGAUACGCCAGUUUAUACUUCUGCUGUGGUUUGGAGAAUGAAGACAACGAACUUCUUGCUUUAGAGAUUUUGCACCGUUACGUGGAACUACUUGACAAAUACUUUGGCAAUGUGUGUGAGCUCGACAUCAUCUUUAAUUUCGAGAAGGCUUAUUUUAUUCUAGAUGAGUUUCUGAUGGGUGGUGAGGUACAAGAGACGUCCAAACAGUCUAUUGCAAAGUCUGUGGAAGCAUCAGACAUGCUGCAGGAGACGAUGGAAGAAUACAUGAAUAAACCAGCCUUCUGAUGACAGCAGAUGAGAUGAAAGAUGACAAAGGAAACGAUUCGUCAAUGCAAUGUAGCUUGUGUCCUUCAUUCAGGACACAAUUUCUCAUCGUAACUUUAUACAUGAGGGCUACGUAAGAACUGUUGUAUUUAUUAUUUCAGAGAUGGACGUACUACUCAAUUUUUAUGCAACUGUAUCAGGGUAUACUUGGAUUUCACAAAUUAAUUAUUUAAAUUUUGGCUACAGUAUGUUUGUGUUUUCAAUUAAUACUGAAUUUUGAUAUUAUAAUUGCAGUGUGCAUAAUACUCAACUUUUUACCAAAAUCAUUUUAUAAUAGGAUUAUAUAUUUGAAGCUGGUUUAUUUAAAGUGCCUUUUCAUGUUAUUUAACAUGUCGCGUGUCUCAGGAGAUCUUUAGAUGGAGAGUUAAAAGAGUCUUCGAAGGAAUUGUACUGCUGCUUUGUAAGCCCACUUUGUUCAUGUUGUCUUAUUAAAAAUGUUUUUGAUAUGA